AUGCUCAGAAAGAUCUUCGAUGCGCUGGGACAAGGUCAGCCAGCAGAGCCACUCCGCCAAGUGCCCAUAGAGCAGCUCAGCCAUGAGUUGGCUCUGCGAUUCGCAACGAGGUGCUACAGCCACCUAGAGAUUGCACACUACAAGGACAACUUCAAAUCAUUGGCCGAGCAUCAAGGUGAUGUCGAGUAUUGGAAGGAGGACACCCUCGCUCGCUUUCUUGCUCUACCGGAGCCACUGCGGGCGAGCCCAGUCAUCUUUCAGAUGUGCAGCUACCUUGGAGCGUUCCCAUUUCCGAUGCUUGCACCAUGUAUCCUCACCAGGGAAGCCAUGAUCAAGGUCAUUACUAUCAUGACAGGCCGCUACAAGAGAAUCCUGAAGAGGGGCAAUCGUGACAAGGCGAAAUUGCUCUUCCGGAGUCUAGCCGUGUUCGAUCGUAGAGCCAGCGUUGCAUCACCGUCCGAGAAGCCGAAUAUGCAAGCUAUAAUCGACGAACAGAAGCCAGAUGAGAUGCUCGAAGAGGAAGCCGCUGCUGGGAAGCGCGCUCAGGCCGGCUUCGCGAUUGAUGAGCCGGCCAAUGAUGGAGAGGAAGAGGAUGAUGACGACCUAGCGCUGGCCGCACUAGACUCUCUCGAUGCAAUUGAGGUGUUCAAGCAAGAUCAGAUCAAGACGAUCGAUCGGAAGAUGAAUCAUGCUAUCAUUCCCACUGAUAAUUUUCGGAGGUUGCUAAUGCUCCUGCUUCUGUUCGGUGGCAUUCGCGCACAGAGCAAUCUCUCCGAGUAUGGUGAUGGACUAGAUGGAACGAAGGUGGAAGCCCUCGAAGAUGCUGCCAACGCCAUCAUUGAAGCUUUCGAUCCCGACCCUUUACUCAAAGGCAUACGAUACUCGAACUUCGUCAAAGUGCUCUCCACUACAAUGCCCGAUCUCUUCGAGCCUCUAAACCAUCUGUUCGAGCACUUCCUCUUCAGCAGAAACAUCGACCUCUCGAAACACAGAGGCGCUGUCUCAGCUGCAGCAGAUCUACUGUCUCACAGACGACGUUCACCCAUUCAGCCGCCAGACGACAAGUCCAGCUCACAGAUUUUGACAGACACCCGCCUUUCCCAGCUAUCCAUGUCUAUGCACCUCGCCCAGAACACCUCGUCCAGUCCAACGAACAUCUACAGCUCACACGCCCGCUUCCACCAGAUCUUCAGCACCUCAUCUCAAGGCACCUCACUAUCCUCCUUCUCCCGCUACGUCAUGUCAUGGACAGCACCAACUCUAAUCGUCAUCUCUGGCACCUCGACCUCCUCAUCCUUCCCACAAUCCACGCCCCUCAUCUUCACCGCAUACCUCCCCCACCCGUGGAUCGACAGCACGCACAAGCACGACGCACCCACUAUCCUCACCUCAGAAUCAUCAGGCGAGUCCCCACCACUAGCCACGCUCACUCUUCUAUCACCACGCCACAGCAUCUUCCCCUCCACCCUACGCCCACAACAGCCCUACUCCUACUUCAACGCUCGCACGGGCAUAGCGCUAGGAUGCAUCAUCCCGCCGCAGCCACGCACCGGGGCGCCAAAUCCACCGAUCCCCGGCGCCGCAAGCGUCAUCAUCGACACUGAUCUCAGCGAGGGCACAUUCGUGCAUGACCUCGAGAACGGCUCCGGCGGCGGCUUCGUGUGUGACCCCGGUCUAGUCGAGGCGCAGGGCGCUUCUUCGUCGUCGGCAGCCAGCGGCGGCGAGACGAAAGCGCCGUGGCCGCGAAGGAUCGACUUUGAGGUUGAGGGGAUCGAGGUUUGGGGCGUCACUUUCGAUUCUGGGAAUGAAGAUGAUGAGGACGGGGUAAAAGAAAGCGAGGUGGAGAAGCAGCGGAAGAGGCUGGAGUGGGAGGAGAAAGAGGCAGAAAGGCGGAGAGCGAUCAAUUUCGGUGGUGAUAAGGAUGGAGCGAGGCAUUUGCUGGAGAUGGCGGGUUUGGUGGGCAACGGGAGUGGGCAGGGGAGGAGUGGUGGGAGUAUGGGGUGA